GACGACGACGGCAGCGACGGCGAUAGCGACGGCGGUGGCGGUGGCGGUGGUUUUGCGCGAGUAUUUACCGCUGCUGUGUAUGUCACGCAAUUGAAAAUUUUCUCUCUUUUGUUCUGUGAUUCUUCGGCGGUCGCGAUUUGUUUACCGCGGGAAAAACGAUGUCGGGAUACCGCAAGGUAAACUAUUACGAAUUGUGUCGACUGUGUACCAGCAGUGAGGGUAACAAGAUGAAUAUUUUUCGCGAUGAAGGACGCAGACGACAAUUGCAAACAAAAAUACAGACGUAUCUACCGAUACAGAUUAUGGAAGAGGAUUCAUUACCAAAAAUUGUAUGCCACGAAUGCGUUAAGAAGCUAGAGAAUUUCAUAGAGUUCCGAGAAACUGUUGUUAAUGCUGAGGGUAUGUUGGAGUCUUAUUUCACUUCACUUCGUUUUUCCGAAGAAUUUCUGAAAGAAGGAAAAGUUUAUGUAAAGAAUACCGAAAAGGAAAGACCGUCCACACCAGAAGAUGAAGUUCUGAAGUCAAUGGAUAAGGUGCCAACACCAGUAGGAAGCCAAAUAAUGAAUAAUCAACAAACAGAUCAAAUACAGCAUCAACAACCUGUCGUAGUUAGCAAUAUAAAUACUUCUAAUAUACAAAUUAUUAGUGGCGUUCAAGCAAGAGUACAACAAUACAAAUGUGCUAUGCAGAUGCAACCAGGCGGUAUGGCAGCAGCUGUCGUUGAAGCUACAGCAGAGACCCAUUAUAGUUACCAACAACAAACUUCUCAAGUAUCAUCGCAACAAUCAAACGAAGCGCAAAAUCAAAUCAAUGAUCAACAAAAUCAAUCUCCUUCACUUCAACAGCAAACACAAAACCAAAUACAGAAUCAUAACCAAAUAAAUCAGCAAGUACAAUCUCAAAGAGCAAUUUCUCAACAAUUGAAUCAAUCAGCACAAUUAUCUCAACAGAAUCAAAACCAAGUUAGUCAACAGGUACAGGGACAAUCACAGAUGUCGCAGCAGCUUCAACAAUUACAGAGACAACAACGUGAAUUUGAAAAACAACAUAGACAACUUCAACUUGAGAAACAGCAAGUGCAAAUUAUAACACAACAAGAAUUUUCAGUAAAACAAGAGACACCAGUUGUACAUCAAAAUAAUAAUAUAGUUCUCAAAACGGAAACAGAUAUGGAACCGAAUCAACAAAUCAUUCAAAAAAUGCAAUCCGAGGCCCAAAAAGAUGAAUCUCCUAACCCAAAUGUACAAACUUAUACUACAGUACAAGCAACGCCAGAAGUAUUUUUAAAUUUAGGUUUCAAAGAAACUCCACUAAUGACAAUUCGAGACGACAAAGAUUUUAAAGAAUUUACAAAAACGUCAUCUGAUGAUGGAAUAUCUCGUAAUUCAAUCGAACAGAUCAGAGAAUUUUUGAGGCUUAGAUCAGGAUCAGAGCCAACUUCUCUAAUCACUAUGAAUUCUCAAGGACUUUCACAGGCUGCAAGAAACGCUAUUUGUCGCGAUUGUGGUAAAAGCUUUCCUUCAUUCAAUCAAAUGAAUAAUCAUAAUUGUAAUGUUGAGACACUUAUAAGUCAACCAUCGGAUACUGGAAGUAAGGAUGAUCAUUUGCAAACGAACGUUAAUUCUUUUAAUUGUGACAUUUGUAAUAAGCCAUUUAAACGAAAAGAACAUCUUUUUCAACAUCGAAAAUUGCAUACUGGUGAGCGACCGUAUGUAUGCACGACAUGUACAAAAGCAUUCAGUCGUAAAGAACAUUUAGUUAGACAUUCGGUAUCUCAUACCGGACAGAAAAUGCACGAAUGUGAAAUGUGUGGUAAAAGUUUUUCACGUAAGGAUAAUCUACAUAAACAUCGAAAAACGCAUGGUGUAUCUGGUCCUUACAUUUGUGAAACUUGCGGGAAGUCAUUUGUUGUAAAACAUUAUUACGUGAUGCAUUUAACUACGCAUGCAGUAGCUGUCAUGGAUGGUAUAAAUUGUCCAGAUUCAUUGCCAUAUAAAUGCGAUAUAUGCCAAAAAGGAUUUUCAGUAAAACAAUAUCUUACUACGCAUAGACUUAGACAUAGAUCAAAAAAUAAUAAUUCUGCACAAAAUAGUUUAAACGGGCAUCAACAACAAUCGAACGCUACAAAUAAUGUGAAUGUAGUAACAAAUAAUGUUAGCAAUACUGGAAAUUUAAAUAAUGGGCAAUCUAGUAAUGAGUCGACUGUUGAAAUACAAAGCGUUAUUGAACGGAACGAACAAACUAAUAGUUCAUUUGUUAACAGUCAGUAUCAUACUAAUAUGCAGGAGUUUCAAUGAGAUAAGGGAAAGCGUGUCUAUUAUGUUCUCUUGCCAAAUGGUAACAAUCAUAAGAUUGUGGUUGUAUAAGCAAGAGAAACUUUAUGACGCGCCAAAAUAUUUUCUUAUGGUUUUGUUCUUGGAUGAACGUGGUUUUGUACUUUAAUACUAUAGAAAUGAGAAUCAAAGUAAUUAUUCUGACAAAUUAGAUAUUUUGAUGUAUACACAUUGGACAGAAAGUAGACCUGUUGAAUACUUUACAAGUUCGCUGGACAUAACAAUAUAUUUUGCCAACAAAACAUUAAUGUCUAAUGACUAUAUGGAAUACAUACUAGUUUUUAAAUGAAUGCUCAUUUGUAUCUAAUGUUUGAAGGUAUGUGUUACUAAUAUUUGUAUACAAUAUUUUGUAUACAAAUAUAUUAAUACCUAUAUAUGCAACAUUCUGUGUAUACGAGUAUACUCAUACUGAAAUACAGCACCAAAAUAAUAAUAAAUAAUUUUGCAAAAUGCAAUAUGUCCAUAUUAUCAAAAUCACAAAUCGGUUUGAAUUUAUGAAUUGAGAUGUAUUAAAUAAUCAAAUUUUUUACAUCAAAUUUAAAGUUAAGUAAAAUCAAAAUGUAAAAAUUUAAAAGGUUAUUUAAGACAUUAUCUUUUUUGUAGAUUUUUGAAUGACCAUUCAAUUUCCAUUUUCUUGUAACAUUUGAAAUAGAAUAUAUAUAUUUUUAACCUUUGAAACUUUAAAAAAGAAAAAAUUUUAAACUUUAAAA